AUGCAACAAAUCCUUCUUCAGCAACAAAAUCAACAAAGGACAGAUUCGGCAAUUCAGAAUAUAGAGAGGCAGAUUGGGCAGUUAGCUUCCAGCCUUAAUCAAAUGCAAGCCCAAGGAUCUAGCCAAUUACCUUCACAAACAACUCCGAAUCCUAAAGAUUUUUCAGGAGAAGGAGUUGCUGAAAAGUUUCCAGAAAAUCAGCAAAUAAAUUUCAGCAGAGGAGGGAUUCCAGAAGUUCAGAAUGUGCCAACUUCGAGUUCAACUCAAAUUAACAUGGAUCCUUUGGAUUUGGAGCAUUCGCAAAGAGGUGGGAGUUUAAUUCCAGGAAAUUCCAGCAGCUUUUGUCCAGCUGAACAAAUUCCAGCAGAAUUGCAAAAUUCCAGCAAAGUUGGAAAUUCAGGGGUUCAGAAUUCUAUCCAAGAAGAUUCAGAGCCGAGCCUUCCUUUACCCUUUCCUCAACGCAAGGUUCAACCAAGAAGGGAUAAAGAGGAGGAGAAAGCUAAGGAGUUCCAAGAGCUUGUGAAUUUAUUUAGCAAGGUGGAGGUAAAUGUUCCUUUACUCACAAUGAUUAAGCAAAUUCCAAAGUAUGCAAAAUUUUUGAAAGAUCUUUGUGUGCAUAAGAAAAAGUUGAAGGGGAAUGAAUUGAUCAGCUUAGGAAAGAAUGUAUCUGCUCUUAUUCAACCAGUUCCCCAGAAAUGUGAAGAUCCAGGAGUGUUUACAGUACCUUGCGAGAUUGGGAGUAAUUUUUUCAAGGAUGCUAUGUUAGAUUUGGGGGCUUCGAUUAAUGUGAUGCCAAGAUCAGUUUUUCAGACUUUAGGCAUUGGACCAUUACAGCCUACAGGAGUUGUUAUUCAGUUAGCAGACCGCAGUCAGACUCACCCAGCUGGAGUUAUUGAAGAUGUAUUGGUGAAGGUGAGAGAACUUAUCUUUCCUGCAGAUUUUUAUAUCCUUGAUAUGGAGGGAGAUUGCUUGGCUAGUAGAUCUCCACUUAUUUUAGGGCGACCAUUUUUAAAGACUGCAAGGACCAAGAUUGAUGUUCAUGCGGGCACACUUUCCAUGGAAAUAGGAGAUACUGUGGUCCAGUUCAGUAUUUUUGACGCUAUGAGGUAUCCUAGAGAGGAUCAUUCUAUUCUCAGCAUAGAUAUUUCAGAGGAGCUGGAUAUGGAUUUCUUUUUAGGUAUUGAUUCAGAUUUUUCAAUGGUUGAUCAGAGUGGUGUAUUAUCUUCGGUAUUGGGAGACAUUUCAGCCGUGGGAGUGAAUGAUGAGUUUAGUGGGUUAUUCUCGAUUGAGUCAGAUGAUUUAUGCGUAGGGGAUUGCUUAGGAGAAGCUCUACCCCUAGGAUCGCCCAGAGGAGAAGAAUUAUGUGUAGGGGAUUGCUCAGCAGCAUUACCUCUAGGAUCACCUAGUGUUGAUCAGAUACAGGAUGAUUUGAAGCCAUUGCCUCAACAUUUGAAGUAUGCCUACUUGGAAGAGAAUCAGCAGUUAUCUGUCAUCAUAGCUCAGAAUUUAGAACCAGAACAAGAAAGAAGAUUAUUGGAGGUUCUGAGACAGCACAGGAGAUAUAUUGGGUGGACAUUGGCAGAUAUACUUGGUAUCAGUCCUUCUAUUUGCAUGCAUAGAAUUUAUUUGGAGGAGGAUGUGAAACCAGUGAGACAACCCCAGAGGAGACUUAACCCAUUGAUGCUUGAUGUAGUGAAGAAAGAGAAGUCAGGAGUGACAGUAGUGGCCAAUGAAGAGAAUGAGUUGGUGCCUAUCAGGGUGAAGAAUUCGUGGAGAGUUUGUAUAGACUACAGGAAGCUGAACCAAGCAAGCAGGAAGGACCACUACCCUUUGCCUUUUAUUGAUCAGAUGUUGGAGAGAUUGGCAGGACAUAUAGUCUCUAGGAGAGGAAUUGAGGUGGAUCCUGCUAAAAUUAGUGCUAUCUCUUCUUUAUCUUACCCCGCAUGCGUGCGGGAUGUUCGAGCUUUUCUGGGUCAUGCAGGAUUUUACAGGAGAUUUAUUAGAGACUUCAGUAAGAUUGCUCUUCCACUGUCUCAGCUUCUUCAGAAAGAUGUGGAGUUUCAGUUUGAUCAAAGGUGCAAGGAAGCUUUUCAGAGAUUGAAGGAGGCUUUGAUUUCUGCACCUGUCAUCAGGUCACCGGAUUGGACAUUACCAUUUGAGCUUAUGUGCGAUGCUUCGAACUUUGCCAUUGGGGCAGUUUUGGCACAGAGAGUAGAAGGAGCACCACAUGUGAUCUGCUAUGCAUCGAAGACCUUAGAUUCGGCUCAAGCAAAUUACACUACGACAGAAAAGGAGCUUCUUUCUAUUUUUUUUGCUUUAGAUAAAUUUCGUUCAUAUUUGCUUUGUUCUCACGUGGUUGUAUUUUCUGAUCAUGCAGCUUUGAAGUUCCUCCUUAAGAAGCCAGAUGCUAAGCCUAGAUUGAUUAGAUGGAUGCUUUUACUCCAGGAGUUUGAUUUGGAGAUUCGUGAUAGGAGUGGGAAGGAGAACUUGGUUGCAGAUCAUUUGAGCAGAAUUGAAGGGGAACUGGAUCACACAGCUAUUGAUGAUGAUUUUAGAGAUGAGUAG